GGUCAAGCUCCCCCGACCGAAGCAGAAGGAGCGGAUCGAGAGAGCGGGUGCAGAGAGGAAGGAAGGGAUCCAGUGUCUCUCCGGAGGAUCUCUCUUGCAGAACAGCCCCAAGGCAGGACUAUGUUGCAAGGGGAGGAGAGCAGAGCCCGGCCAAGCCAGAACCUAUGACGACCUCCACCACUAUGUUCUACCGGUCGCCUUCCUCGGUGAUGUCUCCACCGUCGAAGAACAAGUUCAAGCGGCAAAGCCGGAUCUUCUCCCAAGUCUUGUACCGGACCCUGAGCUACAAGGACCGCAGCUCGGUGGCUUCUUACCCAACUGAGAGCAAGGACGACCCCUCGGAGCUCUCCACUCAGGUCUCGGCCCCCGGCGUGCUGAAGGUGUUUGGGUGCCACAUCUGUGCAGGCGCCCAUUACAAGAGUGUUUUGGCAACGGGCAGCUCCAGUGCCCAGGAGCUGGUCAAAGAAGCCCUGGAACGCUAUGGACUGGAUAAGGUGGAUGCCGGGCAUUAUGUCCUUUGCGAUGUGAUUGGGAAGUUUUCGGGGUCGGAGAAGCAAUGGCAGAUGGAAGGGCUGAGGGUCCUCCGGGACAACGAGAAACCUCUUCUGAUCCAGGAUCUUUGGAAGCCCCGGGAAGGCUUCUCCAGGAGGUUUGAGCUCCGGAAGCGCUCCGAAGUGGAAGAGCUGGCUGCCAAGGACAAGGACACCAUCACUGCAGGUAUAAAUGCUCAGGCCAGGAAGCUCCAGCGGAACCGCGCCAAAGGCACCAUGACGCUGUUGACGGGAUGCAAAGGCCACACCACGCCACCCGCCCUCCGCCGCACGGUCAGCGAGACCAGCCUCAGCCAGGCGGGCAUGAUGCAGGACAACGGGCAGGAAGAGCAGCAGCAGCAGCAGCAGCUCAAGCGGCAUUACUCCACGUUGCCGGAGACGUUGUGGUGCCUGGAAAGCAGCCGGGAUGGGCCACCCAUCCCCACGGAUGACCAGAACGGCAACAACAUGCGGCACUCCUUGUAUCAGUCCCCACACCUCCUGCUUUUGCAGGGCUACAGCCAGCAACACGACAGUUUGGUUUACAUGCUGAACCGAGACCAGCACACCGUCGGCCAAAGGACGCAAGCCAGCAAACCGAGCAUUAGCCUCUCCGCUCCGGACAUCCUUCCCCUCCACUGCACCAUCCGCCGGGUGAAGACCUCCAGCCGAUCCCGCCACCAUCGCUCGGAAGAGAAGCUGGUCUUGGAGCCCAUCCCUGGGGCCGCCGUCUCCAUCAACUUCUCCGAGGUGGGCCGGACAGUCACGCUCCACCACGGAGACCUCAUCUCCCUCGGCCUCUACUAUUUGCUCCUCUACAAGGACCCCUUGAAAACCCAGCCGCUGCCGGCUCAGACUCUGAUGCGCCUCCGAGCCGUGCGCCGGGCCUCCGAGCCGGAGCUGCCCUCCGGGUGCAAAAUGUGCGGAAACCUCUUGAAAGACAAGGCGGGCCCUUCGUCCAAGAAGCAAGGGGCCCACCACCCACAGGCCCCGUCGGGACGGAGAGGCGGGCGGAGGAAGCUGCAGCUGGAGUUCAACAAGGCCAACGAAGACGUGCUCCUCAAGAGGAUCGUCAGCCUCAUCGAGCCCACGGGAGACGACCACAAGCUGACGCCGGCGUUUCUCCUCUGCCUUUGCGUCCAGCACUCGGCCAACAACUUCAGGCCUGGGGAGUUCGGCCAGUUGCUUCUCAAGUCGGCCAAGAUGAUCCAGAGGACUGUGUGGGAGAAAACGAACGAGCUCGCAGAGAAGCAAUCCCAACACCAGGAUCCAGCAUCGCUGUCCCGUUUCACCAUCACAGACCUCCUCCCGGACCUCCAACACAUCAUCUUCUGGAUGUCCAACUCCAUCGAAGUCCUCUACUUUGUCCAGCAGAAGUCCCCAGUUUACAUCCAAAACAUGGAGGAAGAGUUGGAUAUCAAAGGUUCCAAGGAGUCCCUCUUUUCCCUGACGAUUACUGCCAGCGAGGAAGCCAUGACGGUUCUUGAGGAAGUCAUCAUGUACACCUUUCAGCAGUGUGUCUAUUAUAUAUCCAAGUCUCUGUAUGUAUCCCUGCCGCCCUUGUUGGAAUGCAACCCCUUCCAAAGCGAAGUCCAAGAUGGCUGGCUGUCGUCUCCUCCGUUGCCGGAGGAAAUCCGCAAAGUGGUGCUGAUCUACCAGGCCACUUUGGACCUCCUCCACCAGUAUGAGGUGCACCUGGAGAUUGCCUCCCAGAUGUUUGCCUACCUGUUCUUCUUCUCCAACACCUUGCUCUUCAACCAGCUCAUGGAGAAAGGAUCCUCCCUCGGCUGCUUCCAUUGGUCGAAAGGGGUGAGAGUGAGGGCCACUUUGCGGCUUCUCUUGGAAUGGGCCCAGAGUGUUGGCUUUGGGCAACUGGCGGACCAGUUCUUUGGCAAGCUCUCCAGCGUGGCCAGCCUUUUGGCCAUGCCCAACUCCCAGCUGGUGCAGAUGACCUGGCCCAUGCUGAGAUCUGAAUUCCCAGCCUUGAGUCCUGCCCAACUGCAUCACAUCCUGACCCAGUACCAGGCCUCAUCCGACGUCGGGUGCGUACCUGUCUGGCAACCUGGCAAGGAAGAUAGUCUCUCCGCCUUCAGGACAGACGACAUCCUGGAGUCCUUUGACAACCACCCUCCGAUCAUGCUGCCCAGCGGAGGGUUCAAGGUGGACUUGGAGGUGGACAACCUGGACGACAAUAUUUACCGGCACCUCCUCUACAUCCGCCACUUCCUGUGGAGCCUGCGCAGCAAAAGCCCCCACCCCAGGGACUCCCCAGAAGCGGAGGCACCAAAGACCGAGGCGAUCAGCUGCCAAACCAGCCCCCAAGUGGACUCCAAAACUACAACCACCGGCUUGUCCGUGGUUACAAGCUCCUUUGGUCAGGUGAACCGCAGGCGACCUGUCAGCUAUGCAGAACCAAGGAUCGAAGCCGUCCACAAUGCCAAUGGCUCCGCUCGGGAGAAUGACACCUGCGAGUUGCCGCUUCCUGAGGCUUUGCAGCAGCUCCGCUUGGAGGGGUCGCAGGGCAAGAAUGGCGUCAAGUCAGCCGCGGGGCUGACCGACCCAUCAUGCUUGCUGACCCCGCCAAACACGCCUCUCACCUUCGACUCCACAAGUCUCGAACUUGCUCCAGAGACCCACCUGGGGAAAAGUGUGACGGACCCUCGAAGGAACGGCUUCAGUGGUGCCAAAACCACCACUUCUGAAGGUUCUUCACCAACACCUUACGACUUCCCAACUCCUGCUUCUUCGAGUCGCAGCUCAGCCACCGAUGACUUCUGCUACGUCUUUGUGGUGGAACUGGAAAAGGGACCCAUCGGCUUGGGGAUGGGGCUGAUCGAUGGUCUGCACACCCCCUUGAAUUCUCCCGGGAUCUACAUCAGGACUCUGAUCCAGGACAGCCCUGCAGCAGCCGACGGCAGACUCUCCAUUGGGGACCGGAUCCUGGCCGUCAAUGGCACAAGCCUCAUUGGUUCUGACUACCAGAGUGCAGUGGACCUUAUCCGAUCCGGCGGAAAGAAACUGCGGUUUCUGGUGGCCAAGUCCGACCUAGAGAUAGCCAAGAAGAUCAGCUUUGGGUCUUCCCCUACUCCGUAGAAAGAGCCUGUCCACCUUCACCGGCUGUGGACACUGCAUCAAGGACAACGAAGGUGGCCGGUGGCACAGACAAAUGACAGGCCUGGAACAUUUGGAUCCUGGCCAGGGUUUGGAUUGCAGAAGGUUGUGUCCUGAGGUGGGAAAAUUCCCCAGAAGAGGAUGCAAACCCAGCUGCAUUUAGGGCAAAGAUCUUCUUCUCGCAACCGUUCGUGACCGCACAAGCUUUGAAAAACGCAGCAUCGGACUCUUUCUUCCUCCAAGGAGUAAGUCAUCAUCACAUAGAGCCUUUUAAGUCCAAGUGUCGCUUAUCAGGCUCUGUGUUGAUUCCUAGUUCGUUCCUCCAAACCGUCUUGAUUUCCUCGCAACGUUAAAAAUUGCCUUCAAUUUGUUGGGAGCUCAGGAAUCUCCCUCUCUCUCGACAAAGGGAUGCUCCAGGUCGGUGAACGGGUAAGGAGAGGAUUUAGUUCCUCUUCUGAUCCUGUAUUUUCCUCUCAAUUCAAAGGCAUUCUUUGCUUAUACCUAGUUGGCUCCAUGGGGUGCAAAACAAUCAAAUUGGUACCUUGUAAAUCAGGAAGGAGCUGCUCUGUUUUGCAUCCAGGUGACACCACAUUGAAGCUUUAUGAACGACUCCCCUAUUUUAAAAUUCUGCCUAAACUGCUGCAUAAAAGAUGGAAUACCAUAUUUCCCAGGAAAUAAUCCCUAGCAUGAUUGUUCAGGAGACUCAUCAUAUAUAAGCCCUGUCCCAAAAGGUAAGCCUGGGUUGAGAUUGUCAGCCAAAUGGAUGCAUUUACCAGUAUUUAUAAUUGCAAACUGAUUUUCUGGUCAUGUUCCAGAAGCAUUCUCUCCUGACGUUUCACCCACAUCUAUGGCAGGCAUCUGAGGUUUGUUGGAAACUAGGCAAAUAAGGUUUAAACUAGGCAAGUGGGGUUUAUAAAUCUGUGGAAUGAUGUCCAAUAAUAAAUAAU